GGGGCGUGAUCCGGCUGCGACAGAGAAGACAGCUCUGUAUCAUGAGGGGCCUGCUGAGGAGGACAGCUGAUCUGGUGACAAAAAUAUACAGGACUCAAUGCAUCACGAAUGCACCUUUUACAGUACCUUGUAAAUACAGACAUUGCACAGGACCUGGGAACACAAGACCUGCAAUUUCAUCUGUGACUACAAAUGUUCUUAUGAAAUGCAAUGUCAAAUCUUCGACGAAUAUUCCAGGAGUGCAUGUAGAGUUACAAAAUCGAUGUGGAUUUUAUAUUGGUUUUCAACACACAAGGACCUCUGUUCCCCAUUGUAAUUUGCUUGGAGUCUCUCGUAGGUUAUAUUCCAUCUCCUCAUCAAAACCUGGAGUGCCGUUAUCUGUAACCAAAAGACCUCUAAAAGCACCGAGAACAAAACAGCCAUCCAGAGCUAAUCAACCUUCACUGUCAGACACUGUGGAUCUGAUGCAGUGCACAGCCUUCGCAACAGCUGAUGAGUAUCACUUGGGUACUUUGUGCCAUGACCUGACAUUACACGGCUACUUGGAACUGCCAAUUUUGCCAAGAGAUGCAUCCAAUGUGUUGCUAGUCGAAGUAGAAAGUACUGCCAAAGAAAAUGAUACAGGGAUUAUCUUUUUCUUCAGGGAAGGGGCUGUUGUAUUCUGGAAUGUCGAAGAAAAAACUAUGAAACAUGUGAUGCAAAUUCUGGAGCGUCAUGAAAUACAACCAUAUGAGGUGGCGCUGGUUCACUGGGAGAAUGAAGAGAUUAAUUAUAGCUUUGGAGAGGGUCACUCAAAGCUGGUGAAUGGUGAAAUUCUGCUGAGUUCCCUAUUAGAGGCAGAUAAUGCAAUCUUAGAGAAGUUUGCAUUUUCCAAUGCACUUUGUCUUUCUGUGAAACUCGCCAUCUGGGAGGCUACCCUUGACACUUUUGUUGAGUCAAUUCAAUCAAUACCCGAGAUGUUAAAAGCAAGAAAAAAAAUUAAUCUAUCGCAUGAGGAUGUAAUGCAGAAAAUCGGAGAAUUAUUUGCAUUAAGACAUCGUAUAAAUUUGAGUUCAGACCUUCUUAUCACGCCUGACUUCUACUGGGACAGAGAGAGCCUGGAACAUCUUUAUGAUAAGACCUGCCAGUUUCUCAGCAUCAAUCGCAGGGUCAAGGUAAUCAAUGAAAAAUUGCAACAUUGUACAGAACUGACAGACUUGAUGCGUAAUCAUCUAAGCGAGAAACGUGGAUUACGAUUGGAAUGGAUGAUUGUUAUACUUAUUACUAUCGAGCUUCCCUCAUAUUGGAAGAAAGAACGGCAGCCUGCUACAAGUGGUGUCAGAAUUGGGAUUCCUUGAAGCUCUGGCGGAGUUCAUCGGGACCCAAACUUCCACAUCCAGAUGGCGGCGGUUGAUCUGACCUCCAGGUCUUUGGGUGUUGGGGUACCUUCAACUUAUGGUUUUUGGCUUAGUACUGUUACAGCUAUAUCACAUUCCACUAUUGUCACUGUGAAGAAACUACAUACUUUGGUUCCCAUUCGUUAUUUUCUUUGGUUCAGUAUAUUAAUCUACCUAACACCGACCAUCCCCUGGCUCAUUAAGUUCGGUAGGUUUGUUCGCACGAACCCGGUAAAAAAACGCUACCAAUGAGCCAGGGGAACCGUUGGUGGAUUUGUUUGGUUUGGGACUCCCGAAAUUGACCGACCGCUACUAUUGAAACUUUGGAACUAUUUGGGGCAAGCGCC